AUGCGAUCAUUAAUAGAAAUCAUACAAAACAAAUUCAUACUAAUAAUUAUUCUCUCAACGAUUAUUCGGGCACAAUAUCCUUGCUCGUGUUCAUGUUGUGUUGGUAGCAAUUGUCAAUCUUGUAUAAUCAGCUAUGCUUAUGCUCCUUCUUGCACAGCGACCAGUUGUCUUCAAGUUUGCAGCGCCAGAUAUUAUCAAUGUGCAGCCAAUGCUCCCUAUGGACAAGCCAGUGGAACGUGUUUAAGCGCUACAACUAUCACUCCUUUAAGUGGUCCAUACAGUUGCCGAUGUGACUGUUGCAAUUUAAACUCUUCUUCUUCGUGUGCACCUGCACUUGUUGGAUAUACAACUGCUUAUUCUUGUUCUACAGGUUCGUGCAGUAUUUCAUGUAACUCUCAAUAUCCACUUUUAUGUGUGUCGAAUCAAAAUGGCCAAACACAAGGCACAUGUCAAGGACCUAGUAUGACAACAACGAGCACUACGACAACUGGUGCUUGGCUGGGUAAUGCUUGUUCAUGUUACUGUUGUCAAUCGGGUCCCUAUUGUUUACCAACUAUCAAUGUGGGCAAUACUUCGUCACCGUAUUGUUCUAUGUAUGCGUGUACGCAGGCAUGUCAAGCUCAGUAUCCAUCAUUGUGUCCUUCUACACCUUAUUUCGGACGAACUAAUGUCCUAUAUUUUUAUGUAAAACGUGCUUUUUUCACGUUGUAUGGUUCUAUACCUGGCCUACAACCUCAAUUUAUUGUUGGCAAUUUACUACAAACAGGUAUUAUUGGACAAAAUGCUCCGAUGAAUAUUGUAUUUCUAAAGCUAAAAGCGAAGUUCGGUGAUAUAUUUCAAUUUUGGCUUGGUUCUACUCGUAUCAUCGUUGUGAAUUGUCUUGAAGAUGCACAACACAUUUUCACUCAUCGACAAAUCUACGACCAAGGAGACAUAUUUGUUGAAAAGCUUGGUCUUGUCAAUCCUAAUGCAGUUUUAUGUUUGCGAGGAGCCAAAUUCAAGCGUCAUGCGAGUAUUGUUAGUCCAUUGUUUCGUGGAAACAAAAUUAACGUACACUUAGAUGCAAUCCUAGAUUGCACAGACAAAUUAUUGAUGCGGUGGCGAACUUAUAAUAAUGAUCUGGGCCAGGUUCAUUUGAAUAUGAUUGAGCAGUGUCAACAAUUAACGUUAGCUAUCUUUGGCGUUAUUGCUUUUGAUUUUGAUCUACAGACACUUGAAGAUGAAAACAAUAGUGGUAAAAACGAACUCACUCGUGCAUUGUACAUACAUUUGGAAGCUGCAAUGAAGCUCAUACAAUUACCAACGAUCAUUGGCCGAAUUUAUCUAUUUUUGAAUCCUGUAUAUCGACAGGCAAGAACAAUCAUCGAUCGAUAUUUGCAACGAAUGAUCGAACAAGAACUACAAGAAAGUUCAAUGGUGAGAGCUGAACGAAAAAGAACUAGUUUGAUUGCUUCACUAGUUACUUCAUUACAACAGGACGAGAGAGCCGAAGCAUUAAAAACUGAGGAAACUAAAAAAGGUCUAUCCAGAGCAGAAGUCAUGGGCGAGAUGCUUUCAUUUCUAUCAGCUGGUUAUAGCACGACUGCAGCUGCACUGGUGUGGUUUAUCUAUUUCAUGAGUAAAUAUCCACAAGUUCAGGCUAAAAUCAAACGAGAAUUAGCCAACUAUCAUUUUCAACGUCUCUCAGUCGAAGAUCUCGAGUCUCUCACAUAUUUGGAUUGUGUUUUUCGAGAAUUAUUCCGUCUUGUACCACCUGCUAUUGGCACAGCUCGGACACUUGUUAUGGACGAUCGAUUGCCUGCAACUGGAGCCAAUUUGAACAAAGGCGAUCAAGUGUUUAUUUCAUUUUAUAAUUUAGCUCGAGAUUCACGCUAUUGGUCGGAAUCGAUUGAUCCUGAAAUAUUUGACCCAGAAAGGUUUUCAAAUGAUAAUAUUAAAUAUAAUAAUGCAGCUGCAUCGAUACCAUUCGGUGGUGGCCAUCGUCAAUGUAUGGGACAAGAUCUGGCUCGAUUGGAGCUCAAAUCUAUUUGUGCACGAUUCAUGCAAUAUGUAACAUUUGGCGAUGGUGGUCCUUUACUUAAUGCUGGUGGAUUUAAGCAGACAGAUACUAUUUUGCCAAAACACAUAGGUGUUACUAUUCAUGUUGACUAA